GCAUGCAUGAGUCGACUCUUGGAGCACAGCCACUGCAGAUGCCCUUAUUUUGCUCCUUCCUCCAAAACAAAUGGUUAUUUUCCUCGUAGACCACGCGUACGCGUUUCGCGUUCUGAAUUCGUAUCAUCUUUGCCGUAGAAUUCAGCAUCAGUGACAGACGAAGACGUUCUGAAUUUUGAGUAUUUGACACAGGGCAAGCUAGCGUGCGGCGCCAUGUUAUUCCAGUCGCUGUGCCUUGGCGUCCUGCCAUUGCUCGACGCCGUCGGCGCUCUGGUAGCCAGUCUCCGCAGCUCCGGCGCCCUUCGCAGCCCGAGUCACGGCGCCCAGUUCACCCAUGGCCUCGGCAACGAGGAGACAGAGGCGAAAUCCAGCCACGCCGCCGAGGACGGCGACCCUCUCGACCACCUGUGGCAGCUCUGGACGCUAGAUCUGCUCGACACCAGCCACGUCCACGACGACCUGGUGUUCCCGUGCGCGUGCGACGUCGCCAGCGCUGCUCCGCGCUCACAACGAUCCCAGGGGAAGCAGACGAGGGGAGCCGCCUCCGGAGGCAGGAGCAGCCGUGACGCCGGCUCGUUCCGGCGGCUGGCGGCGAGGCACGAGCUGCACCUGACGUACGCCGUGGUGGUGGCCACUCUGCAGCUGUUCCUGCGCCUGACGCGCGCCAACGCGACUACGCUGCUCCUGCCGAUGCUGGCGCAGGCCGCGGGCCGCGGGCGCGGCGCCGCUCGGGUCGGGGACGCCGUGCUGGUGCUGGUGAACACCUGCGGCGUCCUUGGGUCCGCCCACGCCGCCAGGGAGUUCGGCAGGGAGGCCAUGUGCGCUAUCAGCGGCGUCCUCAUCGUCUUCUGCCAGGUGCGUACUACGCUUCUGGAUUUUCUUUUUCUGUUCGUGCGGACGCACGACUCGACAGAUUUUAACGAAAAACAGGGUGGGGUUCUGGCAGGCGGCGGCGGCGGCGCGCGGAUGGCGGGCGGGCACGCCGCAGGGAUGUUCGCGCUGGCGUGCGCCGUGUCGGGCGGGUUCAGCUGGGCGUGGGGCGCGCUGUUCGGGGCCGUGCCGCGCGAGGGCAUCCGGUCCGCGGGGCAGGCGGCCGGCGCGGCGCUCGGCUUCGCGCAGAUGCAGUGCUUCCUCCUCACGCUACGCCAGCUCAAGCACGCCGCCUUCGCCUACUACGCCGUCUGGAUCUGGUCCUGAGGCCCGUGCGGCCGCCCGGCGAUGCCGAUGCGCGCGUGCGUGCACCCCACCCGUCGACACGCCGCAUCUCCAUCGCGGGAAAUGCAUGAUGGCCCCGGUUCGGGAACUUUGAGGAGGCUGGUCCUGGCCGAUCGCAUCGUAUCUGCGGCGGCGCCAGCUGUGAUCUGUGCUCUUGCUCGCCGGUGACGGGGACGGACGGCGACCCGAGCGUGGUGGCGCCACACUACUGCGCUCACGUAUUCGCCGCACUCGUCCGGCGACCUCAAGUGAUCGAUGAAGCAACGCCACGCGCCCACGCCCACGCGCAUCGAUCCGUUCUCGCCCGUGAGCGUGAGCCAAUGAACUUGGCAUGCAUCUCGAACUUUGUUAUAGUAACUAGUCUAUCAACCCGUGCUCCCGCAUGGACUAAUUAGAAUUAAUAUAAGAAUAAAAUCAAUAAUUAUAAUUAUUUAUCUCACGCCCCUUUUCAUCUAUUAAAUAUUCUAACACAUACUC